GGGAAUAUCCCUGGUAACGUUCACGCGGUGAUUAUCUCAUCUUUAAAAGGAGAAACCCAGACUACUGUUUUUUUUUUUCCCGUUUCCAGCCUCCUCUAAUACUUCAUAAUUAUUUACACGAAUACUUCGCCAUGGAUCAAUUAUCAAUGGCAGGAGAGUUGGCUGGGCUUAUAAAGGAUAACUUGCCUUGCAAACAUCUUAUUCUUUCAGCCGAAGAGACAUUUGUUGAGUUCCUUGGACCAUCCUCCAGUUUAGAAGAUACAUUGGAGCUUGAGCCUAUGGUGUCCUACCAUCGAAUGCUUCUUCAUAGGCUUGCUGAUAUAUUUGGUUUGGUUCAUGAAUCUGUUGGAGAAGGUGAUGACCGUCAUCUUAUUGUAGAACGAUGCGAGGAUUCCUCUAUACCUGCGGUCUUGGUGAGUGAUAUUUUGGAGUGGCAAUAUGGAGAAACACAAAGUCAACAAGCUGCUUGUCAGUUACUUAAGCGGAAAAUAGCAUUACCAGAUUUGCAGCAGAAGCAGAUAGCUAAUCAAUUGCCUUCCAUAUCUUUUGAAGAGCGGGAAGCUGCCUACCUUGCUGCACGUGAACGGAUAUUUUCUCUAAGUUCAUGUGAAGAAAAUGGUGAGCAGAAGGAGCAGGCAACUCCUAGGCCUAGAACUGUACCAGUAGUUGCUCGCAGAAUGAUUGCUCAUGCUUUAGGCAAGAGGAUAAUGGUAGAUGCAUCUUGUGAGAAACCUGAUAUACCUAAGAUUAUAGAGGCUCCACAAGUGGACGAGAAGACACUGGAAAAAUUCUUGAAUGGUGCAUUGCCCCAAGUUCAAGUUCAGCACGCUGUGAGGGCUAGUUCAGAAGAGUCACCUGCCGCAGCUGUUAAAAUAAUGAUAAACAACUACUUAAAUGGAGAUGUUUCAUGCACAUAUGGGAAGGUGGAUACAAAAGUUACACCUGCAGAUAUGAAAACAGUGCAGAGAAACCCUGGUGAUUUGCCACAUGUUGUUGGUGCUCCACAUUUCACAAAAGAUGGAUCAGAAAACCCUCCUGUUAUAGAAGCAGAAAGAGUGCCAGUUAAAAUGUUGAAUUCAAAAAUUCUUUGCAUGGAUGAUAAAAUGACAGAUAAGAGCUUGAUUUCAGAAAAACCUUUUCUAGAUGAGAAACUGCCAGACAAAAGCUGGAUUAAUACAUCAGAAGUUACAACUGGGGUUCAGCAGCCGGUAAAGGCUAGUUUAGGACAUAUGCCUGCAGCAGCAGCUAAGAGGAUGUUUGCACAGGCUCUUGGGCUUCCUUUAGCAAAUGGUCCUUUGAAGAGUACCAUAGAAUCAACAUCAAGGCUUGGAAUUGGAAGUAGCAAUGCUUCUGAAACAGAAACUUUUCAGGAUGAUACUUCAUACCAGAAUGCCCCACAGUUUAAAGUUAGUGUUGAACAAGAUAGAAACAAGUCGUCAGCAUCCAAGGUGAAGCCUGAACAAGUGCAUCAAUCAAGGGUUGAGGCGGAGCCUCCUUCAACAAGUGAAUCGCAAGGAACAAAUUCUCAGAAUCAUUUACUAACAGGGCGGAUCCAUAAUAAACACAUUCCUGGGAGAGCUGCUCAAAGGCUUUUUGCACAAGCUCUUGGGAUUCAGAGCACUAGUUCAACUUGCAUGGAAGGCAACCGGUCUAGAAACUCAUCAUUUACAUCUACAGCUUUAAGGGGUCUUCCAGCAGGACAUAAGCCAGGAGCUAGUUCUGGCCCCUCUAAUGCAAUACACAAUUCAUUGGCAUCUGAUUCAGGUACGACUAGAACAUCUAAUGAUGAGUGUCAAAACUCUGAUACCAAUCCAAAUAAUUUUCUUUCUCAGUCGGGUGAUCAAGAUGAGGAAAGUAAUUCAGAAGCAACGAUUCAUGUUGGUUUGAACUCUUCUGAACCUUGUGAAAAUAUUGAUCCAGAAAGGCAUACUCUUGGAUCAUCUCUGAAGCAAUUGGGAGAUGAGAGGGUUUUUGCUAGCUCUGUAAGCUACAAGGGCAGAAAAAAUAUUCGAGUCAACACAAAUAACACUAACCCUAAAACCUCUGGUAGGGCCAGACACACGAAUAAUUCUGGACCUAUCAAGACAAAACAUUCUAAUUAUAGGAUUGCAAGCACAUGUUCUGCAGAUGAAACAGGUAUGAUUUCAUUGUAGGCAGCUUGCAGAUCACUUUUUCAGUGAUUUAAUCUGUAUUUUUAGCCUGUAGGAGUGUACUCUAAAAGUAUCUUUGAUGUUGGGAUGCUUCCAAAGCUUCUUUCAUCAUCUAUCAUAAAUGCAAUUCAAUAUACAUAAA